UGACACUUUAACAGCAAGCGUAGAUAAAGACGUUUAUUUUGUCAAAAAUAUAUACAUAUUUUGUUUUUUAUUUAUUUGCCAAAGUUUGUCAAACGAAUUUCUACUUAUGCAAAAGUGUUCGACUCAAAUAAAUUCAAAAUAUUAUUAAUACUACAGGCGUCCAUAACUAGGCUGGAAAAAAACUUUGUUUUACACACGACGAUAAAAUGCCAUUAUCGUCUCCCGGAAUUAAUUCACUCGCGAUUCCGCUCGUGAAUUAAUUUUUCCGGUCAACGAUUAACUACCAUUUUAUCGUCUUGUAUAAAAAAUAACUAUUAUUUACCUAUUAUUAUGUUUUGGAAUUUGUUUACUUACAAAGUUUGUUGCUUGUGCUUGGCAAUUUUGUGACUGACAGUCCACCGAGUCCACCCCAAAUAAUUUUUUCUACUGCUGUUAUACAAAUGAGACUUAAUAAGAACGUAUUUAGUGCUUAAACACACCUUUAUAUUUAUGGCACUUAUCAUGUUAUGGCAGAGUGAAUAAAAGUAAACUCAGCGUGAAAGAAUGACGCACUAUACCUUUUUUAAGCUUACAUAGUAGUAUUUACGUUAUUAUUAUUUUCAAAUUUUAUACUUUUUUAGCUUUGUGCUGGAAUUUAUACAAUCAUUUCAUUUAAAUUGACAACAACUUACCCACAAACUACGCGCUUAUAUUCAAAACCAUUAAAUCGAGAAAUUUCUAGAAUUUACGUAAAUUCUUGUGUAUUCCCGAAAGGAAUUCUCGAAGAUUCGCGAUCGAAUCGCUACAGCAGUACAGAGGCGUCGGCUCCUAAAGAACCGAUAUGAUUUCGUGACAAUACUUAGCAGAAUAUCCACUUCUGGUUUUAUCAAGGUUUUAUAGGGUGACACAAGGCUAGGAGAAUUUGUUUAAUUUUGCUCUAAAAUUUCCCCGUUCAUAACAACACAUAACUUUUACAUCAAUGCAAUAAUGAUUUUUACAAAGAAAAGUAUGGUGGUUGUAGUGAAAAAAAUAUCAUGGUUCAUUUGGUAAGGCUAAGGGUGAAGUAAAAAGUAAUUUACAAACAUCAAACUUUUAGUAUUGAUAUAACAACUGCAAUAGUUUCUGUGAAAUUUUUGGAAGCUUUUUGAUAAAAGCAAGACCGCGUAGUGCCUCUAUCUUAAAAAAUUAGUGCUUGAAAGCACGAAUAGUCUAUACCAAACCACAUAGUUUUGAAGUCACAAUUUUUUUUACGAUAUCAGUCCGACAGACAUCCUUUUUUUUCAUCGAUUCAAGUGUUUUGGGACCCAAAUAUUAUCUAUUUUUGAUAAAAUUAAAAAACUUGAAAAUUUUAUUAAUAGUCCUACCUUUGGGUAUGUUGGACUGAAAAAUCACGGGAGACUGCAGGAAGGGGAAAUUUUGGGAAAUAUGCAUGAACGCUUCAAUUUAAAAUAAUGGUUUCCAACAAAAUUAAUAAAUAAGAUAUAAAUAUCUAUACCGGUUGUCGGUAACAUAAAAAAAGGGGAAAGCCAAAACUCCUCAGUUGAAACGUCUGGGAAUAGAAAAAGUACCGCGCUACCUACGUGAGACCGUGCUUAUGAGACCGACAUGCAAAUUUGAGAGAUAUAAAAGCAAAGGAACUCAAAGCGAUUUUAUCAUUGAUUAACAGUUUUAUGCUUUGUGAAUAAGACCAUUGAAUAUUUAAAAUGAAGUUUUCCACCAUUUUGCUAUUAGUUCUUGUGGCUUUGUGUGCGGCUUUUGGUACUGCUGAAGCUGGAUGGAUUAAGAAGCAAUUGAAGAAAGCUGAAAAAGGUGUAAGAAGAGUCAGGGAUAGAGCCCGCGAAAAUCUGGAUGUAGUAGCCGGAUACACAGGAGUGGCAGCUCAGGCUGGUCUACUUCCGGGAAAAUGAGAACUGCCAAGAAAACCUAUCUAUAUUCACAGCGAUUUAUUAUUUAUACCAUCAUGACGUAUUAUUACAAAAUAAGUAUUUAUUAAAGAAAUAAUAUCUAAAGAUCUUAUUAGUGUAUUUUUUUGGGGAAGUGUUAGUAGAGCAUACCUACCUAUUUUCAAGUGAUAGUGAUGCCCAUAGUCCGCUUUACAAAUCUUAGUGGCCUUUCCUGGAAUUUAAUUCGGUACCGACUACCGGCUAGGAUAAAUCAACUUGAACUGAAUCUGUCGAGUAUUCAGAUAUUUUGCAGUGUUUUUUUUUUUUAAAUGCAACUUAUUUUUAGCAAUUAUCGCUAUUUACCUACAUUUAGUUUCUUCAUAUAAUGCAAAAACUCUCCUUCCUGACCCUUCUCAUCAGAAUUUUGUGAUGAUAUUUUUGCAAUGAAUAAUCCUCCUUUGACGGAUUUUUUCAUGAACAUUUCCGACACUUCAAAAU